GUAUUUGCCCAAUUAGGCCCAGUGUGCCCAUCCUCGCAAGCCAGUUUGUGUAGCUUCAAGCGACAUCUACGCAAAAUGGCAGAAACAUCCUGGGAAGGUUUAGAACUAUCCGCUAGGUGGCAGACCAGUGUUUGAAGCUGAUGGCGGCCCUGGCGGUGAAGUGGGGAGCGCGCUUGCUCCGCGGUGUACGGUCGACGGCGUGCGCUCCGGUGCUCCACGAGCACAACGGUUCGGAACGAUGCGGUGACAGGACGCGUGUGCUUAGAGGGAGCCUCAACAAGAUGAAUCGCGUCAUCUACAAGGUGGUACUGACCGGAGGACCUUGUGGUGGAAAAACCACUGGGCAGGCCAGACUCAGCACCUUCUUUGAGAAUCUGGGAUGGAGGGUAUACCGGGUGCCGGAGACGGCGUCGAUCCUGCUCAGCGGCGGGAUCAAGUUUGGCGACCUCAGCUCCGCCCAGGCUCUGGAGUUCCAGAACAACCUGUUCAGGACGAUGGUCUCCAUAGAGAACACGUACUUCGAGCUGGCCGAGACGGUGGACCAGAACUGCCUCAUCAUCUGCGACAGGGGGACCAUGGACGCUAGCGCCUUCGUUCCUAAGGAGCAGUGGGAUGAGAUAAUGAAGCGGAACGGUUGGUCGUCGGUGGUGGAGGUCCGUGACAACCGCUACAACCAGAUCAUCCACAUGGUCUCGGCCGCCAACGGUGCAGAGGAGUUCUACUCACUCGAGGACGGGCCCCGUCACUGGGCUGUCGCCGCCGGCCCGUUCGCGCUGGACCACAGCUGCCGCAGCGAGGACCUCUCCCUGGCGAGAACCCUGGACAACAAGGCGGCCGAGGCGUGGGUGGGCCACCCCUACUUCGACGUCAUGGAUAACUCGUGCGACUUUGACACGAAGAUCCGACGAACCAUCGCGACGGUGUGCCACCGACUGGGCAUUGAGACCGGCGACCGGCUGGCCACCGGCUCCAAGAAGUUCAAGUUCCUCAUCCGCGGACCGCUGCCUGACCCGUCAGCGUUCCCUCGCUUCCAGGACUUUGAGGUGGUCCACCACUACCUCAACACGGGCAGCCGGCGCAUGCAGACCCGACUCCGCAAACGCGGACAGAACGGCACGUGGUCGUACACCCACACGAUCCGUAAACCGGAGAAGCUGGGUCAGACGGUGGAGGUUAAGACUCAGAUCUCACACCGGGACUAUACGUACCUGCUGGAGGGGGCCGACCGCCGCCACCUGCCCGUCUACAAGACGCGGCGCGCCUUCCUCUGCAACGACCAGUACUUUCAGCUGGACAUCUACCGCGAGCCCCAUCACUCCAGGUGUAAGGACCUGCUGCUGCUGGAGACGUACUCCACACUGCCGCUGGACGAGCUGCAGAAGCGGCUGCCGCCCUUCCUCAGCGUGGCCGGCAACGUUACCGGCCAGGCCGAGUACUCCAUGUACAACCUCUCGCUGCGCGACGACUGGGACAAGCAGAACUUCUACAGCGGCCCGGCCGCGGAUGAGGAGUCUGAGGACGUCACCAAGGGCGUCUCGGAGCUCACCACCAACGGCACCACCGACACCAACGGCACUAACGGCAGCCACGUACGCGCCAGCGGCCUGUGCAAUGGGAGCUAGUGCAGGUCGGCGCCCGGCUCAGCCGCGCCCAGAGAGAGUGAGAGAGCGCCGGACUCAGGAGUGAGAGUGAGUGAGUGAGAGUGUGCGCAGAGUGCCCGGCCGGCGGGCUGCGUUACCCCGUACUGCGAGGACCGUUUACCCCGUACUGCGGGGGCCGUUUUACCCCGUACUGCGGGGACCGUUUUACCCCGUACCUCGACCCGACUCGAGCGGCGCUGCCGGGAGUCGGCCCUGCCCCGCCCGGCGGACCGGCGGACGGCCGCUCGAUCGUCUUUCUGCGCAGCGCUGCGGUCACCCGACACCCGAGUGACACUGGUAGCGGGGGUGUCAGAGUGUCAGAGUGUCAGGGGCGGCGCUGACACCCAGUGGCCCGAGUGAGACUAGUGUUGAAAUUGGUGCCGAAGUACCGGUAAUGUUAUGUCAAUAUACGUGUUAUCAGGAGGUGUGCGACA